GACAGAAGUGAGUGGGGUCGUUUCAGUUUGACACAAACAGAACCUCGAGAAAAAGCCAAUACUAGGAAAAAACAAACUCUUUUUCUUCUCUGCCCUCACUCCUUUCUGUAGCUUACUCUCUUUGCUUUGCCACUAACUUUAGCUCUCUCCACCUAGAAGACCUUCAUAGCUUAUCUUUUUUCUAAUAAAAUAAAUUUGGUCCAUUUAAUUUCUUUUCUUUUUUUAGAAAAAAACCCAGAAAUUCAAAUUUCUCUUUACAUACAUUGCUCGUUCUUUUUGUUGUUUGUUUGCUGGGAAAAGGAGAGAAGGUUGUGGUUUUUAAAAGGUAUUUGUUAAGCAAGCAAAUGGGUUUUGAGAGUUUGGGGAUGGUAUGUGUUGGGUUUUUGCUGGUUUUGACUGUGCCGUUUACUGGUGGAAUUACUGACCCUCGUGAUGUUUCAGCAAUGAAUAGCUUAUAUACUUCUCUGGGUUCCCCACCACUUCUUGGGUGGAUUCCUGUUGGAGGAGAUCCGUGUGGGGAAGAAUGGCAGGGCGUUUCAUGUGUUUUCUCGAAUAUUACAGAACUACGACUUAAUGGCUUGAAUCUGGGAGGAGUUUUGGAUGAAGGCGUUGGAAGCUUCGAAUCAAUAAUAGUAAUGGAUCUAAGUCACAAUCAGAUUGGAGGGAGUAUUCCAUCCGCCUUACCUCUUACCAUCAGAAAUUUUUAUCUUUCAGGUAAUCAGUUCAAUGGGAGCAUCCCUGCUACUUUGUCUGCCUUAACUCAACUAACAUAUUUGUUUUUGGAUGAUAACCAUUUAAGUGAUUCAAUUCCAGAUUCCUUUCAACAGCUUAAGGGUUUGGUCAAUUUGGAUCUAUCAAGAAAUAAUUUGACUGGUCAGUUGCCUCCAUCAUUUGGGAACUUGUCAUCUCUUACAACAUUGCACUUGCAGAACAAUAAACUUUCUGGGAUCCUUGAUGUCCUACAGGAUCUUCCCCUUUCAGAUUUGAAUGUAGAGAAUAACAUACUUUCUGGCCCUAUACCUGCGAAGUUGCUGAAUAUUCGAAAUUUCAGGAAAGAUGGAAAUCCCUUUAAUACUACGAUUCUUCCUUCACCACCACCAGCACUCCCUGCAUAUAUAGCCUGGGCUCCAUCUCCUUUAGAAGGAUCUAUGGUACCAGCUGGUGGACCUUCUAGCCUAGAAUUUCCUCAGUGGGCAAAGGCAAGAAAGUUUUGGACGAAUAAGAUAGUUAUUGGGAUUGCUGUUGCAGGACUUAUAGCACUUGUUGUUUUAGGAGUGUUGCUGCUUUUAGUGUGGAGAUGCUGUAAAAGAAACAAAAGUUCUGACAGGCAUGGUGUGAAUGCAUAUAAGGGCUCUAGUGAGAAGCUCAGCCGAAUUAAUAAAUCAUCAUCUCAACCAACUUAUCAAAUGGAGAAAGUUGCUAAAGAGGCAGCUAUGAAGCCAGUGGAUGGAUGUGGAAAAGAAAGUGGAGGAAUAGGAAUAAGUUCAAAGUUACAAGAAGAACAGUUUCUUGAUGAAACUACGAUGCCUGCAAGUUCAAGGGCCAAGAAAAAUCAUGCAAUAAACAUCAGAGGUGUGGAUGUGAAGUCCAUGUCCUUGCGGCCUCCACUACCUCCUCCUUUAUUUCCCUCUGUGGAGGAGGUCAAUAUAAGCCCAAUCAUUCUAGCAGAAGUAAAUGGAGGUGGUCGCUCUUCUAGAGGUCAGGACUCAUGUUCUUUGACCGUGAGUGCCUUCACCAUUGCAUCCCUACAGCAGUAUACAAACAGCUUUGCAGAGGAAAAUUUUAUUGGAGAAGGCAUGCUUGGUGGUGUGUACAUGGCUGAGUUUCCAGAUGGAAAGCUACUUGCCAUCAAGAAACUGGAUACUAGAGCUUCCAGGUGGAAGAAUGAUGCUGAAUUUCUUGAAUUAGUGUGUACUAUCUCUAAACUUAGGCAUCCGAACAUUUUGGAGCUUGUGGGUUACUGUAAUGAGCAUGGGCAACGGUUACUUGUGUAUGAAUAUUGCAAAAAUGGGACACUGUAUGAUGCAUUGCAUGUUAAUGAUGGGAUCCAUAAGAAACUUUCAUGGAAUGCACGUGUCCGAGUGGCGCUAGGAGUUGCAAGAGCCAUACAGUAUCUGCAUGAAGCCUGUCAGCCACCAAUCGUGCACAAGAAUAUAAAGUCUGUGAAUAUUCUCCUUGAUGACAAGCUUGCAGUUCGUGUCUCAGAAUGUGGUUUGGCUCCUUUGUUCUCAUCUGGCUCUGCAAGUGAGUUUUCUGGAAGCCUCUUCGUAUCCUAUGGUUAUGCAGCACCAGAAAUUGAGUUUGGAAGUUACACUUGUCAGAGUGAUGUCUAUAGCCUAGGAGUUGUAAUGUUAGAACUUCUCACAGGGCGAGAACCCUUUGACAGGUCACGGCCUCUGGGGGAGCAAUUUCUUGUUAGAUGGGCGAUUCCGCAGCUUCAUGAUAUUGAUGCAUUAACUAGGAUGGUUGAUAUCACUCUUAACGGAGCGUAUCCGGUGAAGUCAUUGUCACGCUUUGCUGAUAUAAUAUCUAGAUGUGUACAGUGGGAGCCUGGAUUCAGGCCUCCAAUAUCUGAAAUUGUCCAGGAUCUUUUGCGCAUGAUUUAGAGCUGAAUCUUAAACAAUUGGCUGUAUAAUUAAUGUCUCACAAAAGGAAAAUGAAGCAGAAGAGAUGUCAGCUUGAGAAGAAUGAGUGAUUGCAAGAUUAAGAAGUUGAAUCCGAUGAAACUUUCCUGGAAGGGUGCUUAUUGCUUGAAGCGGCAGCCUAAUUGUGUUAGAAAAUCCCAAUGGCGAUCUAAUAGCAAAUUUGUUCCAGCCUCACCCAUUUUGUUUCUUCUUUUUAUUGGGGAGGUGCUAAUAUUAUUGUUCAUUAAUUUACUAUUAUCUCUGCCAAAACUGUUUUCCAGUGUGGUCUGGUCAUUUGAGAUCUAACUAGAUUAUAUUAACAUUAAUAGCCGUGUUCCCUCUAUUUAACUUUUAAUUACAUUUACUGAAAUCAUUUUAAAAAAAUUUUCUUUUCGACAGAUUGUUCAUUGGCCCUUCCAUGGAAAAAAAAGAAAUGAAAAUAAUAAAAAUAUGGAAAGUUGAAGACAGAUUCUUGGGUUUGAUGGGUGUCUAAGAUGUAAGCGUUAAGUCUUUCUA